CAUUAUUAAAUGAAGCUUUUUGUUUCAGUAUUUUUCUAUUUUUGUAUGGUUUUAUUUAGCCAUUUUAUUUAAAUCGUGAUCAUUGUUCAAUGUUGGCGUGGAAAUGUUUUCCAACGAUCGUCAAACUACAAUCAUUACUGAAGAAUCAAUAUCUUCGGAGUCCGUGUUAGAAUUCCAUUUUCAAAUCGGAUUCCACCGAGAGCCUGUUGCUAUCCGUCGAGCUGAACUGUCCGUUACUGCAUUAAAAGAAGCAGCUGUUGCCGUGCUUGAAAAACAGUUUCCCCAAGCUCAAAUAUGUCUAAGGUUGGCGCAACAAAUCUACCUUUUCCACCACCAUCCUACUUCCGAUAACAUCUUACAAGUUGUCAAGUCACCCGAGGAUGUAAGAGAAGGGUCUCUCAUUGAAAUCGUGCUUUCAUCCGAGUUUGGUGAUGAAAACAUGAAAAUACGCCCUCACACUUUAUCUGUGCAUUCCUACCGAUCACCAGCGUUCUGUGACUAUUGUGGUGAAAUGCUAUGGGGGAUAGUACGACAAGGACUUCGUUGUGACGGUUGUGGGCAGAAUUACCACAAACGAUGUGCUUACAAAAUCCCUAAUGAUUGCACGUUAGUUCGUAAACGAAAAGCAUCCGUGUCAACAUCGCUGCAAACAAAUUGGAACGGUGGUUCCACGCUCUCCUUGCAAGAUUCUGUGGCUUCCUCGGUGGUUAGUCUACAUCCUUCGCAGAGAUCGAGUCGAACUUACUCUUGCCGCCCGCUUUGGAUGGAGCGAUCACCGGCGAUACGUGUUCCCCACACUUUUCAGGUGCACACAUACACACGACCUACAGUCUGCAUGCACUGCAAGAAGCUUCUUAAAGGUUUUUUCAAGCAAGGCCUUCAAUGCAAAGAUUGCAAAUUCAACUGCCACAAACGAUGUAAAAAUGAAGUUCCCGCCAAUUGCCCAGAGGAAGAAACCAAAAACUCCGAGGCAGAUGGAGAAGACCUGAUGGACAGUGAUGAUGGAAUGGAAGUGUCGGAGGACCCUUUUGAUCCUCCGACUCCUAACAGAUCAAUGGAUGAAGACGAACAAACGGAGAAUAACAUGAUGGCCGUUGAAAGCUCGGACGCUCCAAACAUUCCGCUAAUGCGAGUCGUACAGUCCAUAAAACAAACCAAGAAACGGUCAAGCACGGUGCUGAAAGACGGAUGGCUUAUUCAUUUUACGAACAAGGAUGCAAUGUGUAAACGACACUACUGGAGACUUGACACGAAGUCCAUUACAAUGUACAGAUCAGAAACUGGAGCCAAUUAUUUCAAGGAGAUCCAGUUGAGUGAGAUCCUCAGUACAGUGAUGGUUAGUAGAUUACAACCUGGCGAACCUCUUCACUUCUUUAAGAUUCUUACAUCAGGGUUGGAGCUUCUGGUCAGGGAUGACACAGGGGAAAUGUCGCAGAACGUCAUUGAUUGGCAUACGAAGAUCUACCAAGCGCUUACACCAGUAGAUAAACAGCAAGAUUCGGCCGUUGGUGUAAAACGAAAGGUUUCAGUCAUGAUAUCGCUAACGAGGGACCCAGAAGAUUCAAAAGCCACCGAUAUUAGUCAAAUUUACCAAGUGUUUCCCGACGAAGUUCUCGGCUCUGGUCAGUUCGGGAUAGUCUACGGUGGAAAACAUCGGAAACGGUGCUUUGACGUUGCUAUCAAAGUAGUUGACAAGCUACGGUUUCAACAUAAAGAAGAAAGCCAACUACGUACUGAAGUGCAAAUCUUAGAGACACUUGACCACCCCGGUAUUGUGAAGCUCUUCAAUAUGUUCGAAACACCGGAGCAGAUAUUCGUAGUGAUGGAGAAGUUAAGAGGAGAUAUGUUGGAGAUGAUAUUGUCAAGUGAAAGAGGAAGGCUGCCCGAACGAAUCACCAAGUUUUUAAUAUCUCAAAUUCUUAUUGCACUUCGUUGUCUGCACAAGCAAAAUAUUGUUCAUUGCGAUUUAAAGCCGGAAAACGUUCUUCUUUCAAGCGACGACCCUUUCCCACAGUUGAAGCUGUGUGACUUCGGUUUCGCGAGAAUCAUCGGACAGAAGUCGUUCAGAAGAUCCGUCGUUGGGACGCCCGCAUACCUCGCCCCUGAAGUGCUUAGGAAAGAGUGCUACAACCGUUCAUUGGACAUGUGGUCGGUCGGCGUUAUUAUUUACGUUAGCUUGUCCGGAACGUUUCCUUUCAACGAGGACGAAGAUAUUAAUCAACAAAUACAAAACGCUGCUUUCAUGUAUCCUCCUAACCCCUGGAGUGAGAUGGGAACAGAUUCUGUAGAUCUAAUUGCAUCAUUACUACAAGUGAAGAAACGAAAACGACCGAGUGUGGACAAAACACUGAGUCAUAUUUGGCUGCAGGACUACCAAUGCUGGCAGGAUCUUCGGCAGUUGGAGAAGCAGGUUGGGAAGAGAUAUCUCACGCAUGAAAGCGACGAUGAGAGAUGGGAGAAUUACCGGAGGGAACACGAGAUGUGAGAAUAACCUUGGAAGGUUGAGAUGGGAGAUCGAGCUUCGUGAACUCAGGCAGAGGCGUGCCUUUCACUGUUUUGUAAAAUUAUAGAUGCCUGCCAUGCAGUAUAGUCUCUGUGCAAUGUAUGAUGAGAACUAACUAACGUGUGUGUGCCUUCUCGGGUGGCCAAUAAAACAUGUAGAAAAGCUGA